AAAUUACUCCUGGCACAAUCGCAAUGGAGAAACACCGGCUAGUGGUUCUCUGUCUAACGGUCUUAGUUAUUCUUACUGUAUUGAAGCAAGGCCAAUCAAAUACUGCGGAAACUAGAGCAUUAGAACGAAUGAAUUAUGUUGUUGGCGUAAUGUCAAAUUUUUGCAAUGAUUUUCAAAACAAUAGCAUUAGAAAUCGUCGGAGAAAGAURCAGAGGCGACGUCGAAGAAUGUCGCGACCCCAAAUUCGUCAAAUGGUGAAGCUUUGUCAAGAGACAAAGAAAAAGUUGUGCAACUGUGAYAGCUCGUCAUCUGGCGGUGGAGCAGGAGGUGGAUGGGGACGUCGAAAAAGAGCUGUUCGCUACUGGCAGAACGAGUGACAGACAGAUAAAACUGUAAAUGAAUCCAACGUUUCCAUAAAAUCUUCAUGAAUAACAACAAUGUAUAGUCUUUAAGCGUAAUAAAUUAUGAUCAAUAUCAUUGUUGCCCCAUGAUGCAUAGAAUGAAGAAAAAUCCUAUGAACAA